AUUGGUUGUCGAAUUGGCGGUGGUUUUACACCCAUUUUUCAAACAAAGUGUUGCAGUACGAAUUUGCUUUUGUAUGUGUGCGAGUUUUCUGUACUCUAUCUUAACCUUUACGGUGUUUUGCAAGCUGGUCGAGUUUUAAGGCAGCUGUAAAUAUGGAUGAUUCUCCGGAGGACAGAAGAUCUGAAGUAGAUGUUCUUCAGGACAUUUCAAAUAAGUUCUCGAAGUCCAUGUCCAUUGCCACAGUGGAUCUUGACACAUACACCAGGAAAGCAAAAGAGACUUUUAAGCAGGGAAACCCUACAAAAUCCCUGGAGAUUUUGAAAGAGGCCUACAAACACUACCCAGAUGAGAAGAUUAAGGGCCGAAUACAGAAGCUGCAGGAGUUCAUCAAUCAGAUGGAUGCGCAGUCCUCAGAUGACGAUGAUGAGUUCAUAGAAGUCAACAACAGUGGCUUGAUGCUAAACAAAAGGAUUUAUGAUAAUCUAUAUGAUCACCAGAAACAAGGAGUGGCCUUCUUAUAUGGUCUCCAUAGGGAUGGAAAGACGGGUGGAGUUCUGGCGGACGACAUGGGUUUGGGCAAAACUAUCCAGGUGAUCUCCUUCCUGUGUGGCAUGUAUGACUCUGAGCUGCUGCAGAACUGCCUGCUGGUGAUGCCAACCACACUCAUCACCAACUGGGUGCGGGAGUUCCAGAAAUGGGUGCCAGGGAUGAGGGUGAGAGAGUUCCAUGGAACAAGCAAAGCCAUCCGCAGCAAGAAUCUGAGAAAGGUCCAAGUCAAAGGUGGCGUUCUCAUCACCUCCUAUCAGAUGGUGAUGAACAACUGGGAGCUCUUGAGCUCCAUUGAUGGGAGUGAGUUUUUCUGGGACUAUGUCAUCCUUGAUGAGGCACACAAGAUCAAAACCACAUCGACAAAAACGGCCAAAAGCGUGAAUGCCGUCCUAGCCAAGAAUCGCGUGCUGCUAACUGGAACACCUGUGCAGAACAAUCUGCGAGAGAUGUGGGCGCUGUUUGACUUCGCCUGCCAGGGGUCACUCCUGGGAACGUAUAAAACCUUCAAGACGCAAUAUGAAAAUCCCAUUACUCGGGCACGUGAGAAAGAUGCCACCCCUGGCGAAAAGGUGCUCGGUUUCAAGAUGUCUGAGAACCUCAUGGAGAUCAUCAGCCCUUACUUCAUGCGGAGAACCAAAGCAGAGGUAAUGAAGAACGACAACGAUGAUCAAAAAUCUUCAGAGGUAGACGACCAGCCGACACCUACGGGCGAUGGAGGCUUAGAGGUGCCUUCGCUCCCCGAGAAAAAUGACCUGAUUGUGUGGACGUACCUGAGUCCAGUUCAAGAGCAAAUCUACAGGAUGUUUAUCUCUCUGGAUCACAUUAAGGAGGUGCUGAUGGCUACACGCAGCCCCCUGGCUGAGCUGACCAUAAUCAAGAAGCUCUGUGAUCAUCCAAGGCUUCUCUCAGACAAAGCCGCAAGUGAACUCGGUCUGCUGGGCGGACAAGACCAUGCUUUGCCUGACAUCGAGAACAGCAGCGGAGCCAGCAGUAUCGAUCGCGUCUCAGAUGAGACCCUGAUCUCUGAGUCAGGCAAGCUGGGGUUCCUCAUUGAGUUACUAGAGCGCCUCAGGGAAGAAGGGAACCGCACAUUAGUGUUCUCCCGGUCUGUUAAGAUGCUGAACAUCAUACAGCGCAUUUUGAAAAACAGAGGGUUCAAGAUAGUGAGAAUAGAUGGCACGGUGACCGAUCUCUCUGAGAGAGAGAAGCGCAUUGGACGCUUUCAGAAUGACCCGAGCAUCUCAGUCUUCCUCUUGACUACACAAGUGGGUGGCGUCGGACUCACUCUAACAAGCGCCAACCGCGUGGUGAUCUUUGACCCCAGUUGGAACCCUGCCACUGAUUCCCAGGCUGUGGACCGUGCCUACAGGAUUGGACAAAUGCGUAAUGUCAUUGUGUACAGACUCAUCACCUGUGGCACCGUGGAAGAGAAGAUCUACCGCCGACAGGUCUUCAAAGACUCCUUGAUCCGACAGACUACAGGAGACAACAAGAACCCCUUCCGUUACUUCACCAAGCAGGACCUGAAGGAACUCUUCAAACUUGAGGACACUCGCACAUCCACCACCCAGCUGCAGCUGGAGGAGCUUCACUCCAAGCAGCAGAGCGCAGACCCCGACCUGAUGGAGCACAUCGCCUACCUGUACACCAAAAACAUGUUCGGCGUCUCCCACCACGACCUCCUGUUCUGUGUACAGCCAACCGAGGAUGAUGUGGAGGACAACGAGGCUCACGAGUACAUUGAGAAGCGAGUGCUGACCGCUGAGAAUCUGAUGAAGGUCGAGUCUCAGAUCCAAAAGGACCUGAAGGACUUUGAGCUGCAGCACACUGAGCCGAGGUCCCUGCAGCAGUCCGUCAGGAGAGGACGUCAGGACUCUGGCAAACAAAGAUACGAGGAUCUGGAUCAGUCCCCCACGUUUCAGUCUGUUAAAGAAGAGGUCACAGCCUCUGAGUUCACAGACGAAGAACCAGUCAUUGUUUUGGAUGAACCUACUGAAUACCCUGACCUCCCUGUUGCAAAUGAAGUCGAGCUUGAACUGGAUUCCUCACAAACAGAGGAGAUGGAGUCACUCAAGAGAAACUCCACAAUGGGUUAUGACAAUGACGUCAUAUGUUUGGAUGAUGACGAGACAAAUGUGUCCACUGGACAAAUAAAAAACCAUGUGGUUAUCAAGCAGGAACAGAACUCUUAUACUAAUGGCGUUGAGGAAGACUAUGGGGCUGGUGGAAGAAAGUCCUUAGUAAUAAACAAGUCCUUUGAAGGAAAUUCCAGCUUGGCUAAAGGCGAUACCAUAACGUCUGUGAAUGAUGAAGCGAAUAUGUCCACUGAUUUCACAGAAAACCACCUGGUUGUUGAGGAUGAGGAGAAUGUCAGUUUUGCAGAGAGCAAGAGAGCCUCUCUUGCAUACCGUGAGCAGGAAAGAGACAUCAUCACAGUCAAUGAUGAGGCGGUCAUGUUUACUGAGUACAUGGAGGAAGACCAGCUGAUGGGUGAGGAGGAGGACCAUGUUGUUACAAGGAGGAAAAAAGCCUUUGUUAUCAAUUCCAGUGAUGAUGAGGGAGAUAAUGAUGGAGAAGAUGAGGGGUCUGUCAGAGCAGACGAAACAGGAAAUCUCUCAUCGCUGGGAAAAUCCAGGCUGUCUGACAUGAAUGACAAGCCUGAUGGAUCAGGUGGCGUGGAAUACCAGCUGUUAAGUGAUGAGGAAGAUGACAUUGUUACAAACAAGAAAAGGGGUUUUGUCAUCCUCAGCAGCGACGAGGAGGGAGAUGACGAGGAAGAAGGGGAGAGGUCAAAAGCAGACAGUGUCUCUUCGCGAGGAAAUUCCCGCUUGGAUGAGACGAGUAACGGACCAGACACGUCUGAACCUGGCGAAGACAAGCUGGAAAGCCAGGAGGAAGCUGACAUCAGCUCAGGCGAGAACAAAAGUGUCUUUCUGACGUACAGCAGCGAGGAGGAGGAAGAGGAGGGGGAAAGUAUGGACAGGCAAUCUUCAAAAACAGCCAGUUACACAUCCUCCACCCCGGGAAAUUCCAGGCUGACUGACUCUAAUGGGAUCAUCUCUGGGGAUGACAACGUCAACAUGUCUGCCCUCAUGGAGGACCAGCUGAUACAUGACAAUGAAGACAGUGUCAUUAUUACUAAGAAAAAGAGAGCCUUCGUCUCCUACAGCAGUGAGGAAGAGGAGGGGGAAGAGGGAGAUAGUGGGGAUGUCGAUGAUGAUGAUGACAAUGAUGACGAGAGAGAGAAUUUUCAUUUCACCAGUAGUCUUAUGUCUGUGUCAGGAGUUGGAGAUCGCUCAGUCUCAUCGGUUGCAUCAAGGCGGUCUCUUGUAGAUAAUCUGAUGGAGAAAUUUGAGGACAUACUCAUGGACGAAGAUGAGUCGAGUGAAGAGAUAGCUGACAGUGAUCAAGAGAAUGACAUGUUCUGCACCCUAGAUCAGUCAGGGUGAUUUGUAUGAUCAUUAGAGCAGGUGAAAAAUACCACUACCAUCCUAAAUGUCUACAUCCAAUGUGUACUGUACUGUUUGAAAACUUGUUCAAUUUUCAUUAUUUGUUCUUAAUAAAUAACUUGUUUUGCAUUGA